UGCUCACCAGUGCAACUUGUUUACGUCCCCAGCCUCAGUCGCCAUGUCCCGUUCAGUGUCGCAGGCCCGGCCCGCCACCGUGCUGGGCGCUAUGAUGAUGGGGGGCCGGAUGGACGCGACCUCCAGCGCCGCGGCCGUGCGCGCCUUCCUGGACCGCGGCCACACUGAGAUUGACACGGCCUUCGCGUACACCGACGGCCAGUCCGAGACCCUCCUGGGCGGCAUGGGGCUCGGGCUGGGUCGCAGCGGCUGCAAAGUGAAAAUUGCCACCAAGGCCAAUACAUUGGAUGGGAAGUCGCUGAAGGCUGACAGUCUGCGGUUCCAGCUGGAGACAUCAUUGAAACGACUGCAGUGUCCCAAAGUGGACAUCUUCUACUUACACAUGCCUGACUUCAACACCCCUGUGGAAGAGACUCUGCAAGCCUGCAACCAGCUACACAAGGAGGGAAAGUUUGUGGAGCUUGGCCUCUCCAACUAUGCUGCCUGGCAAGUAGCCGAGAUCUGUACCCUUGCCAAGAAAAAUGGCUGGAUCAUGCCCACCGUGUACCAGGGCAUGUACAAUGGAAUCUCACGGAAGGUGGAAACUGAGCUCUUUCCCUGCCUCAGGCACUUUGGAUUGAGGUUCUAUGCCUUCAACCCCUUGGCUGGGGGCCUGCUGACCGGCAAGCACAAGUAUGAAGACAAGGACACCCAACAGCCUGUGGGUAUCUUCUUUGGUCAUCGAUUUGCUGAGUUCCUCAGGAAUCGGUACUGGAAAGAAGACCACUUCAAGGCUGUCGCCCUGGUGGACAAGGCCCUGCAGGUUGCCUAUGGCACUAACACCCCCAGCUUGACUUCGGCGGCCCUGAGGUGGAUGUACCACCACUCCCAGCUCCAGGCCUCUCAUGGGGACGCGGUCAUCCUGGGCAUGUCCAGCUUGAAGCAGCUGGAGCAGAACUUGGUUGCAGUUGAGGAAGGGCCCCUGGAGCCAGCUGUCGUGGAAGCCUUUGAUCAAGCUUGGAACCUGGUCGUCCAUGAGAGUGACAACUACUUCCGCUCUCCUGACACCAUCUACACCUCCUCAAAAGUUUGAUCUUGAGCUGAUUCAGCUGAUUCUUUCCCCCUCAUCCUUGUCCCACAUUUGUUGUCUUCUGUUUCCCUGCAAUCCACUCAGUUGCCCUCAGUGCGAGGCUGGCUGGGCUCUGUUCCAGCAUUUCCUGUUGAAUAAAGCUGGCCCUUGACCUGGCUGCAGCCAGGCUG